UCAUAGAAUUUAGGGACAGAUGAGGCCCACAUAAAUCUCAAAAUUGGGCUACUUUGAAGUUUCCUUUGAACAUGAAUCACUAAUUUUAAUAUAACUUUUGGUCAAAUCCGUCACCUCAUAUUUCCUCCACAGUUAACGUGGAGAAAAUGGAAAGUGGACUCCAUUGCUUCUACAAGACUAUCUUCAAUGGCCACUACUAUGUAUAAUCAAAACUAUGCAUAUAUAUAUAUAUAUAUAUACUCUUAUUACAUUUCUAUCUUAAUGCUUGAAUUACUGAAUUAUAAUUCAUAGACCCACUUUUUCUACUUCUUUUUAUAUAUGCACAAAAACUAUGAAAAUGGAAACUUGUGCAUUGGUAGGAGGCUGCGUCACCGACUACAUAGCGAUUGCCAUAUCCAUCCUUUCCAUGAUCUUACUUCUCUCACGGUUACUUGUACCCUUUCUGGUUCACAAGGUUCCUCGUACUAAGAACAGUGGCUUCUGGAUUCCAAUAAUUCAUGUUUUUGCCAGCUUCAACCUUUUGUUGUCAAUUGUGGUGUCUGUCAAUUUCCUAAAAUUCACGAAGAGGCAUUGGUGGCAGUCUUGCUAUGUUUGGGCAGUUUGGGUUGAAGGUCCACUUGGAUUUGGCUUACUGCUAAGCUGUCGUGUGACACAGGCCUUCCAGCUGUAUUACAUUUUUGUCAAGAGGCGUUUACCACCAAUCAGAUCUUAUAUAUUUCUUCCACUAAUACUGUUGCCAUGGAUUGCUGGGGCUGCAUUUAUCCAUAUGAAGAAGCCUCUAAAUAAACGGUGCCACAUGGGGACUUACUGGGUCAUUCCAACUGCGACUCUCCACACAUUGUAUGUCGCUGCUUUAGUUGGAUUCACUGGGGCUAUUCGGCACAUAGAGUUCAGGUUUGAUGAACUCAAAGACCUGUGGUGGGGGAUACUUUUCUCAGCCUCUUCCAUUGGAGUAUGGGUUACUGCUUACAUUUUGAAUGAAAUUCAUGAUGAAAUAUCAUGGCUUCAAAUUGCCUCCAGAUUUCUCCUUUUAAUUAUGGCAAGUAUUCUAGUACAGGCUCUUUUCUCUUUAUCAAGUUCACAGCCUUUACUCACUCAAAUCAGUUUAAGGAGAAAGGCACCUCAAGAAUUUGAGACAAUGGGCCAGGCUCUUGGUAUACCUGAUAGUGGACUACUAUUGCAGACGGAAGCAGUUCAAGUCAUAGAUCCCAAUGAACCAUUGGAUAAGCUUCUUCUGGACAAAAGAUUUCGGCAGUCCUUCAUGGCAUUUGCUGACAGUUGUUUGGCUGGGGAGAGUGUGCAUUUCUAUGAUGAGGUGCAUGAGCUUGGCAAACUACCUGUAAAUGACCCUGUAAGAAGGAUCUACAUGGCACGGUAUAUUAUUGACAAGUACAUAGUUGCAGGUGCGGCAAGGGAGGUAAACAUUUCUCACCGAAGCCGACAAGAAAUUUUGACUACUGCUGAUCUUGCACACCCUAAUCUCUUUAACAAUGCACUAAAUGAGGUGAUGCAAUUGAUGAAAACGAACUUGGCAAAAGAUUACUGGUCAUCCAUGUACUUCAUGAAGUUCAAAGAAGAAGCUAGUAUGAGAUCUAAUGGCCUUGAGCUGGAACAGAUGACAGGUUUGAACUUCUCUCCUAGGUUGAGUUCUGUACAUGGUGCUGAUGACCCCUUUCACCAAGAACACUUUUCUAAGGGCUCAGCCAAUGAUAGUCAUGAUUCGGACACACAAUGAACCAAGAAUUGUGAAUAGUUGUGCACGUAUCUAGAAACUCCCAUUUUAACUCUUUCUCUGAAGUUUAUACAUUCUUUACCCGGACAAAAUGGCUUGGAAAGCCAAUAAGAAGAAAAUGGAAAAUAAAGGAUGAGGGAAAGAAGAUAGGUUGAACUGAGUAGCAACUGCAGGAACAUGUUUUAUGUAUCAUACCUGUACAGACAUGUAUUAAGCCUAAACCAAACUCACAUAUACCCUUGGUGAGGGUUGUAAAUGAAUCAAGCUAUUUAUGAA